UUUGCGAAAAAGAAAUGUCUAUAAAUGUUGUUUAUCUCCGAGACUUCUUCCAAUGACGUUAGAACAGCGAGACAAGAUGGCUAGGUCGUUUCAACAUCAAGCUGUAUUCUUUUUACUCCUCAGCGCUGUGCUGGUCAACUUUGCAGCGUCUCAAGACUAUUGUCAAACCAAUAACUGGAGAGACGAUGCCCAUCCUCACCCAGUGUAUUGUGACAGGUUCGUCAAAUGUGACAACUUUCAAACCACGAUCGUCUCAUGUCCCGCCGGAACACUUUUUGACGCCGUUUCGAGAACCUGCAUGAACUCAGCCUCAGUCACAACCCACUGCAACGACGCUGGCACUACAGCUACACCUGUGACAGUGCCUCCAAGUGAAGAUUAUUGCGGACAGAAUCACUGGAAUGGUGGCAUCCAUCCUCAUCCGACCUCAUGUGACAAAUACAUUCAAUGCCUUGGCUUUGUCACAACCAUCACCUCCUGUCCACCUGGCCAGAGAUACCACCCCAUCUAUCAAGCGUGUGCUGUGAACGCGCCCCCUUGCAAUGACGCCACGACGACAACACCCAGCAUCACAGCAGGACCUGUGUGCGUGAACACCUCCAGGGGGGAUAUCCUGUUUAUUUUCGACUCCUCCUCCAGCAUCGGCUACCCUGACUACUUAAAGCAGCUGAGCUUCGCUGCCAACAUCACCACUGACUUCCCCGUGGGCGAGAACAAUGUCCUGUUCAGCGUGCUGGUCUUCUCUGUGGUGGCUGAGAGCAUCUUCAACUUCAGCAGUUACUUGACACACGAUGAGUUACGCAAAGCUAUCAUGGCCACAAACUACGUUGGAUCAACGACCAAUACAUUCCUGGCACUGGACUUUGCCCGAGAGACUUCAUUCAGUCCUGCCCAGGGCUCGCGCAGUGGAGUCCCGCACAUAGCGGUCAUCUUAACGGACGGUCUCUCCAGCAAUUUCGCGGAGACUAAAAACGCGGCACAGAGGUUAAAGGACUCCGGCGUAAUCGUGCUGCCCAUUGGGAUAGGUCAGUUUAACCGCACUGAGCUGGAUGCCAUGGCAACCAAUGUCAAUGACGUAAAGCAGGUCGGUAGCUACGACUCUUUGAGAGAUGUUCUACGCCAAGAUGUCUCCAAACUGAUCUGCAGCAACGCUGUGAAUACCAAUUGUUCAAGUAUGAAGAUGGCCGACAUCAUCUUUCUUCUUGACUCCUCCAGCGGCAUUCUUUUCAACGACUACCAAAAGCUGCUUCGUUUUGCCGCCAACUUGACCCAACACUUCAAGAUAGGACCGAACGACGUCAGGUUCGCGGCGCUAACGUUUGGCACUGUCGUGCGCAAGUUGUUUGACUUGAAUACAUACAACAACCAAGCUCAGAUAAUUCAGGCUAUCACCAGUGCCCAGUAUCUGUCUAGCAGCACCAACACUGCCGGGGCACUACAGUACAUCCUGGACAACAAUAUGUUCGGUACCGUCAACGGAGGUCGAGACGGCGUCACCAAACUCAUCAUCACCAUAACAGAUGGUGGGUCUGACAAGCCAGAACUUACAAGAACGCAAGCUGCACUCCUGAAGAACAAAGGCUACAAAAUGAUGGCCAUUGGCAUUGGUCAUUCUCUCAACACUGCUGAGCUGGUCACUUUGUCCACUGAUAUGCGCAACAUCUUCAUUGUGGAUACCUUUGAUGGUCUAGGAAGACUUCAAGAUGAAGUUUACAACCAGACAUGUGAAAUCCCGAGUCAAACCAAUGCUGGUGAACUUUGGAAUAUUUGCCGUGAGCAGAACUGGGAGAAUGGAAUCCACGCCCAUCCGUUUGAUUGCACCAAGUUUAUCGAGUGUACCUUCCUGCACACUUCAGUCAUGUUUUGUCCACCGAGCCUGGUGUUUGACCCCUUAAAAAAGACUUGCAUGCAUAGAAACGACGCCAUCUCUUGCAAUGACUACAAUGAUUACAAUCCAUUCCCCAGUCUCGUCACAGUUAGACCCUCGAUCAAUGUGCAAGCAGAUGUGUCCACUGUAUGCCGUGAGAACCACUGGCCAAACGGCCCCCAUCCUCACCCUUACGACUGCAGCUUCUACUUACUAUGCACCAACGGGGUGACAUCACUGCAGCCCUGCCCAUCUCAACUGGUGUAUGACCCAUCCACCAGCUCAUGCAGAGACGCGGCUGUCGCUCUACCUUGUAACGACGCUCACCAUUCGUAUCAGCCUCCAUCUAAUGGAGUUACACCGGCUAGUGGAAUAGAUAUGAGAAGCGUCUGCUACGACUUCCGACUUCCAGACGGCAUUUAUCCAGACCCCGGCAGCUGUGUCCACUAUGUGGAGUGCUCCAACGGUAACACGUACCACAUGCAGUGUCCUGAUGGGCUAGAGUUCAACACCAAGAUCAGCGUAUGUGACGAUGUGCACAAAAUUAACUGCGCCGACAACUACGGCUUCUCUUUCACAGUCCACAUUGGCUAACUCAAAGUGUGAUUUGUUUUGUUAUGACCUGCAUGUAGUUUCCAAGGAGCUAAAUCAAAAACAAACUUCAAAGUAUGGCUCAAGAACAUUUGAUUUUCUCUGACUUAAUUUCAUUUUCUGUUUGUGUGUAAUCGUGUAUCGUGUGUUGUGUUUUACUGAUUAAUAAAUCAUACAAAUAGAACGAAUAA